AUGACAGAGCAACAGCAGGUCCCAUACACACGGAAUGUGUCCUUGUGUAUUGGUUCUUCAGUGACAAUCAGAGGGACACCUGCCAACUCUUUCAGGAAGGACCCACAGUUGCAGGUGGAUUUCCACACUGGCACUAAUGAGAGGUCUGACAUUGCCUUCCAUUUACGAGUGUACUUUGGCCACUGUGUGGUCAUGAACAGCCUUCGGUGUGGGGGCUGGGACUGUGAGGUGAAAUCCUCCCACAUGCCUUUCAUGGAGUGCAAACAGUUUGAACUGCGCAUCUUGGUGCUACACAAUGAGUACCAGGUGAUGAUCAACGGCCAGCACUGUUACAGCUUUGCCCACCGAGUCCACCCCGGGUCUGUGAGGAUGAUGCAGGUGUGGAGAGAUGUCUACCUGACCUCAGUGGACGUCUGCUAG